CUCUGGCAGAGGAUGCGGGAGGGAAGCAUCGGAGAAUAGCAGGGGACAGCGAGUACUGGGCGAGACUGAGGCAUCUAUGCCAGAUCCAUUCACACUUCCUGAAUGGUUUGUAAAAAAGAGAAACUCACAUUACUCCAGAUGACGAGGUGGAAGCAGAGGGAUGUCCCAGCCUCUCCUCUUCAGUGUCCUGAUGGUGCUGAUUUUUCUCUGCCAGGCUACCUCUGCCCAGAUCACAGAUCACAUGAUUGAGAGCUGGAAGAAGUAUGAAUUAGAGUGUCAGCAGAAUAUGUCUCAAGAGACACCUCCAACAGGUUUGGUUUGUAACCGAACAUUUGAUAAGUUUGCCUGUUGGCCAGAUGCAUUGCCCAACACGACAAUCAGUGUACCGUGUCCAUGGUUCCUACCCUGGUAUAAGAAAGUGCAGCAUGGCCUUGUGUAUAAACACUGUGGACCAGAUGGAGAGUGGACACUUAUGCAAAAUGGGUCUUCUCGGAAUGCAGGGGAGUGUGCUAUGGACAUGGAUGAACAGAGGGCACAGGAAGAAUUUGGGAAGACAAUCAACAGGUUUAGAGUCAUGUACACAGUUGGGUACUCUGUGUCUCUGGGGACUCUCCUUCUGGCUCUUACGAUUCUUGUGUCAUUCAGUAAGCUGCACUGUAUACGGAAUUAUAUUCAUAUCAACCUCUUUGUCUCCUUCAUCCUACGGGCGGUGUCUGUGCUGGUUAUUGACACUUUGCUGAAGAUCCAUUACAAGUUUGCUGAUGAUGAGUCUAUGUGGAAUAACAGUGAGGCCCUGAUGGGAUGCCGUGCUUCUGCAGUUCUCAUGCAGUACGGAAUUAUUGCCAAUAACUGCUGGCUGUUGGUGGAGGGCAUCUAUCUGCACAACUUGCUGGUUAUUGCCGUUUUCUCAGAGAGAAGUUACUUUGCGCUGUAUGUGUCUAUUGGAUGGGGUGCGCCAGUGCUGUUUAUUGUCCCAUGGGUGGCUGUAAAAUAUAAAUAUGAAAAUAUCUCAUGUUGGAGCACAAACCAUAACAUGCUCAUCUGGUGGAUUCUGAGAUUUCCAGUGAUUCUUGCUAUAGUGAUCAAUUUCUUAAUCUUUGUCAGGAUUAUUCAGAUUCUGGUGUCCAAAAUGAGAGCUCAUCAGAUGCGAUCCACAGACUAUAAAUUCAGGUUGGCUAAAUCCACUCUAACACUCAUUCCUUUGCUUGGGAUACACGAAGUGGUCUUUGCACUCAUCACAGAAGAGUAUGCGUGGGGAACAUUGCGCUUAGUCAAACUGUUUUUUGACCUUUUCUUCAGCUCUUUCCAGGGCAUGCUGGUGGCUGUGCUGUAUUGUUUUGUAAAUAAGGAGGUUCAGUCAGAGCUACUGAAAAAGUGGAAACAGUGGAAACUUGGAAAAGAUAUAGAGGAUGAGUAUAAACACACCAACAGCCAGCCUCCCCGAGCCGGAACUGGGAGCAUUUGUGAAAAGAACCAUUUAGUUGGCAGCUACACCAAUGGGAUAGGCAAACCCAGACACAGUGCUGAGGAAAGGUACCUUGAGAAAAUGGGCAACAGUACCACUGAGAACAUCACUCUGAGUGACAGACAAAACAGCUAUGAAUACCCUGACAGUGCAGAGAAUGUUUUUUAAACCAUAGUCAUGGGUGGGGCCCGAACUCUGGAAUGUGAGCUGAAGGACCUUAUGUGGCAGUGCUCCAGACAAACUCAUCAAUAACGCCCACUCCACAAUGAGAAUUCUAAUAAAAAUAAGCCCUUGUAAAGUCCAGUCUCAGACCGUACGUGAUGGUGUGUAGUUGGAUCUGUGUGUAAUAGUGGCUAUGUUUGGGUGUGUUUGACAGUCAAUGUUUUUGCCUCUGAAAAUUUUGUCUGUCUUUUGGAUACCAUUGUAAGCAGGAGCAGAAGCCCUAACAAAUACAUUAUAGCAUAAGAAGGCAACUCUCAAGCUGUAUACUAAAUACAAAAAUUAUAUAUGUUCAACAGAACACAUUGGAUUAUACAUCACAAGAAUAUUACAUCCUACUCAAGACCUAUAGGAUCAUAACUAUGGACUUCUGUUUCAAACUUUGUAUUUGGAUGCUCUUCAGCUGCCUUCUUACCACAGCUGCCUUUGGAUUUGAGAUCUUGUAUAUGUAAGAUCUCAGACCUGCCCCUUUAAUUUGGAUGAUGUCAUCCUAAACCCUCCAUCACGCCCAACCUUUCAAUGCAUCUUUUCUCCACAACGAGCUUCUCUGACAUCCUAUAAAUUAUUGCUUCCAUGAAUCAGUGUGAUGUGACAAGCAGCAGAGAAGUCAUGAGCCUACUUAUGUUGUCUUUCCUAAUCUUAGAAUGAGAGCAAAAUUAGUGAUGCCUUUCUUCUGUUGAUUAAACCUAAUGAAACAACCUGCCUUCAAAAAAAAGUGAAGCGUGACUGACCUUUCACGUUAUUCAUAUUCAAACAAUAUAAAUUUUGCAUUUAUGUUAAAUUGCUGUUAUGGGAUAGAAGCUGCGUGAAAACGCUGAUUUAGAAUGGAAGAACACUGUAUUAUACAAAUUGUUUACAUUCACAAGAUUUAAGUUGUGGUUGAUGUCAUAGAUUAUUAGCAGAGUUGCACUAGACACGGUUCGUGAUCAUACAAUCAGUUAUUACUAUGUGCUAGUGGUCUCCCAGAGUAUGCUCUCCCCACCCACAACUCUAUCAUACGAUUCGGGUUCGUGACCUCAAGGUCACUGGUCAUUGUCAAUAUUUAAUGAAGGGUUUGUUCUAUAUUGGGAUAUUUACUUUCUCACUUCACAUUAUGAAAACAGUUCAAAAUAUCCAAAGGUUUGUCUGAUAAGCGUUGUAAGCUCUGUAGCACAGCUCACCUGCUAAAAUAUAUGUAUAGAUUUGUACCAGGCUACCAUUUGCUGCUUUUUCUUUUUGUUACAAAAAGAAAAUAAUAGUUCAACAUAAAAAGCAGCAGUUCAACCAAAUAUACAAACUGUAAGGCCUGUUUUGUUUGUCUAUAUCCUUUAUGUUGGCGUUCUUUGCCCAUGACCAAAUGCUAUCAGUAGUUCAGUGCUUAUUUUAUUCCCUUUAUUUCCAUUCCCUUUAUUUUUCCUUCUCUUUUGCACUAGAUUAUCCUAGGUUUUAGUAUAUUUAUGUAUUUGUUUCAGUAUUUGUUCUAAGCCUUAUGUAACUGCAGGAUGAUGUGACUCAUCACUUAAACAAAAACACAGUCCCUGAAUGCUUUCCAUAUUUAAGGCUUUAAGAUAAUAUAAAAAAAUGUUAUACCUUUCCAUCUAAAGGGGAGGAGAGUCCACUGCUUCAUUCAGUACUUUUGGGAAUUAAGAACCUGGCCAAUAGGAGGAGGCAAAGACACCCCAGCCAAAGGCUUAAAUACCUGCCCCACUCCCCUCAUCCUCCAGUCAUUCUUUGCCUUUCGUCACAUCCUUUCGUCACAUGUCGCCCAGGGUUACAGGAUAGGAUUCAGGUCCCAUCUGCCCAGGAACAGAUUCCUCCUGUGAAACCUGUCUUCAAGACCAGAAAAGAAAGCAGCCUUUCUAGAAUGUGUGAGGGAUCUCUCCUCUCUACUGUUAUCGUACCAGUACCCCAAGCAGAAAGGGGUCUAGGGUACUAUUCAAAUCUGUUCGUGGUUCCAAAGAAGGAGGGCACGUUCCACCCGAUUCUGGACCUAAAGUGUUUAAACAAGUUUCUGGCUGUUCCAUCAUUCAAAAUGGAAACGAUCAGAUCUAUUCUGCCCCUAGUUCAAGAGGGGCAGUUCACGCCGACAAUAGACUUGAAGGAUGCUUACCUUUAUGUUCCAAUUCACAGGGACCACUUCAAGUUCCUAAGAUUUGCGUUUCUGGACCAUCACUUCCAGUUUGUGUCCCUUCCCUUCAGCCUGGCGACAACCCUGAGAGUCUUCACGAAGGUUCUGGGGGCGCUUCUUGCAUGUUUUCUUAAGCUAGUCUAGUCCAAAAUAAAAGCGCAAGCUAUGGAGGACUCUGACGUGUUAGAGGGUACUCCCUCUUUAACAAAGUCUCAUUCCUGUGUUUAUUGUGAGGAGGUUCUCGUAGAUCAGUCUGCUCAACUAUGUUCCACAUGCCUUGAUAAAGUUGUGACAUCUAAAACUGAAGAGAUGUUUAGUACUACUGAGCCGUCCACCACUGAGGGCUCCCCAUCCUGUGAGGUGCGUUCCCUGCUUUCAUCUUCGAGUGCACAUGCAACGCCGCAGGAUCCAAUCAUUACUCCUAUGGGAGAGAUUCGUUGUUCGUCAGAUUUUGCGGAUCAACUGCAAACGGCGGUAUCGAAAGUAAUACAUGCCUUACCACGUUUUGCUAAGCGCAAGCGUAGGGCGUAUCAUGGCGGCCAGGCCCAGGGGUUGUAUACGCCUAUGGAAAUACCAGAGAUGUUUUACGAUGACGAGGCCCAUUCCGACUCUUCGGAAGAGGCUCCUUCAGUGUCGGAGUCCGUGUCAUCUCAUCCUCCGGCUGCGGAGAAGCCUGACUUUAGGUUUAGGAUGGAGAAUUUGCACUUUUUGCUGAUGCAAAUGCUUGCUACUCUGAAGGUCCCGGAACCAAAGCUUCCGGAGCAACCUUCGAUUCCUAAGCUUGAUAAGGUAUACGAGGCCAAGGUGGUGCCUCAGACCUUCCUGGUUCCUGUUAAGAUGGCUAAUAUUAUUAAGAAUUAAUGGGAGCGAUUAGGUUCUUCCUUUUCCCCUUCUUCCUUUAAGAAACUGUUCCCCGUUCCGGACUCUCAGCUCGAGCUGUGGGAGACUGUCCCUAGGGUGGAUGGUGCCAUCUCUACGCUCGCCAAGAGGACAACUAUUCCUCUCGACGCUAUUUCGUCGUUUAAAGAGCCCAUGGAUAAAAAGUUGGAAAAUGUUUCAACACACGGGGUUUGUUUUUCAACCGGUAGCGGCUGUAGCCAUGGUUGCCGGAGCUGCGACCUAUUGGUGUGAAUUCCUGUGUGAUAUGGUCAAGAGGGAGACUUCCAUUGAUGAGAUACAGGAUAAGAUUAACGCAUUGAAGGUCGCCAAUUCUUUCAUUUGUGACGCCAAUAUACAAAUAAUUUGCCUGAACACAAAGGUUUCAGGAUUUUCCGUUUUAGCUUGCAGGGCUCUGUGGCUAAAGUCUUUGUCUGCGGGCAUGACCUCUAAGUCGAGGCUGUUGUCCCUGCCUUUUCAAGGAAAGAUUCUGUUCGGUCCAGGAUUGGUUUCGAUAAUAAUCAAGGUUACGGGAGGCAAGGGAGCUUUCCGACCACAGCAUUAGAAAGCUAAGCCUAAAGAAUCUGCUUUUCGUCCCUUUCGUGCGGACAAGGCCCAGCACCAGCAGCCUGCCGCAAAGGCGGAUCAGUCCAAGGGAACUUGGAAGCCUGCUUAAUCUUUGAACAAGUCCAAGCAGAACAAGAAGCCCGCCGAGACAAAAUCGGCAUGAAGGGGCGGCCCCCGACCGGUCCCUGGACCAAGUAGGGGGCAGAUUGUCUCUCUUCUCCGAAGCCGGGUUGCAAGACGCCUCUUCUACUUCUUUGUCCUUUUGGUUGAGAAGCUUGAUUCGCUUGGCCUAUGAGACAGACUGUGGCUUCGUCUUGGGUUUUCAAGAAUGAGGCCUCUAUAGGGCAGAUUUGUAAGGCGGCUACCUGGUCCUCCUUACAAAGUUUUACAAAUUUGACGUUUUUGCUUCUGCAGAAGCUGUUUUUGGGAGAAAGGUUUUACAGGCUGUGGUGCCCUCAGAUUAGGGUCCACCUUGUUACCCUCCUGGUUUCAUUCAGUGUCCUCUAAAGCUUGGGUAUAUGUUUCCCAAAAGUAAUGAAUGAAGCCGUGGACUCUCCUCCCCUUUAGAUGGGAAACAUAAAUUAUGCUUACCUGAUAAAUCGUGGAGAGGAGGGUCCACAGCUCCCGCCCAUAACUCCGGUGGGCGGACCUAAAUUUAAUUUAUCUUCUGGCACCAUUUAUACACCGAUAUUUCUCCUACUGUUCCUUGUUCCCUCGGCAGAAUGAGUGGGGGAGGAAUUUAAGCCUUUGGCUGGGGUGUCUUUGUCUCCUCCUGGUGGCCAGGUUCUUAAUUUCCAAAAGUAAUGAAUGAAGCCGUGGACUCUCCUCCCCACAAUGGAAAUAAUCAGGUAAGCAUAAUUUAUGUUUUUUAGCAGAAUCUACUUGCGUCCAAAAGAGCAGCCCUCAACUACUUUCAUGAACUUACUUUGCAAAACCCAAAGCUAAGACAAUUCUUAAUCAGUUUUGUAUGCAGCUAGGCCUCAGUUAAGCUAAGCAAAAACACAGUGCAGAGGGCAACAUCAUAUUCCAGGCACCCAUAUACCUAUAAGGCUAGCUGUUUUUAUACAGAGCGGUAAGAAUAGGUGUAAAAUCAGAGGAGUGUCCUUGCUUUAGUUUAUACAGGAACAUGUGAUCACAUAAUCAAUUGACUAACUUGGUUUAAAAUGUGGAUCUACAACUUCUUUCUGGUUGGUCAGGUAAAAUUUGCACUAAGCCAACCAGUUUACUCGCUAAGAACAAAAGCGGAUGACCUACUGACCCUGCUAUAACAGUUUCUGCUUGGAUCUGUUCUUUCUUGGAGAAUGAAGAUCAUGGCUUGACUCUCAAAUUAUUUUCACUUUUAAGAACGUAAAGAACAUGCUGACUUUAUUUUCUUUGAAAGUCUGAUACUUUGCUAAUCUAACCUUCAGAUUGUUGUGUCAUUCCCUGCUUCCCCACAUUGUGUUGAUUAUAUGGCCUUGUAUGGAGAUGUUACCCAAAUGCAGAAUAAAUUGAGAAUAAGACAGCAUAUCUGCAAAAAACAGCCUAGAAAAUAUCACAUAGAACAUCUCUUUGUUAAAAAAAAGGAAAUUUUACCUCAAAAUCUCCUCAGUAGCCACUAGCCUACAGCAGGAUUUUAAUCAUCCAUUAAGAAUGCUACUUGCAAGAUGGAGAUCAUAAGACACGUGCAGGCACACUCACUUUAUCUCCCUCCUCAGUUUAAUUAAGUUUACUGUGAAAUCUCAUAAAAUCACAGUAAAGCAAAUUGAUUAAUGGUGCCGAUUGACUGUUUUUUUCACCCUGCAGAUGACAGUAAAAGUUGCUAACAGAGCAAUUACUCUGGUGAGUUGAAUUGGUUUUAGGUAGAAUAUAUUCCUUUUUAAAUAGAAAUGUUCAUUAUAUAUUUUCUAUUAAGCUUUUUACAGAUAUGCUGCAUCACUUUCAAGUGAAUUAGCAUAUAAGUAUGACAUCCCUUUAAGUUAUCCCUUUUAUUAGAAAAGUCAAAAGUAUAAUUCAUUUGCACCUUUGGUGGAAGUUUUUUUUUUUUUGAAAUAAAUGUUUUUAUUGAAUGUUUUCCAGUUUGUUUUAUACAGAAGGAGAAAAAAAAAAAAAAACAAAACCAAACAAAACAAGAAUUCUGAUAUCACAAGUACAAUAAAUCUCUCGUAGAACAGCAACCCUGUAAUUGUAUCUGAUUGGUGGAAGUUUAUCUAGAUAUUUUUAGUAAUAUUAUGAGGCAAAACAAGGCAUAACAAAUGGUUGAAUAUAUCUCCUUUGUUUUUAGUAUUUUAUAUAAGACCAAAAACAACAUUUCAGAUUAUUAGUAAUUUGUCAUGUGACACUUAAGUAUUUUUAGAAGUUCAGUUUUCAUUUUAAUAAUAUAAUAUGUACUUUUUAAUUAACAUGUGACUUAGGUAACAUACAUACAUUCCUCCCAAUUAUCUGUCAUCUUGGGAGAAUGGUCAUGGGUUGAGAGGUAUGGCCACUUCCUACCCACAUCUCUUGUGUACUCCUCCAACAUAUCCACAGAUUGCCUAGCCACACGUAUCCCUGCUCCUCCCACAUGUGAGCCCCACCCACAAUUUACCAGUCCUACAAGCUGUUUUUCUCACAUAGCACAGAAAUCAUCUGGCAGAUGUUGGAAGAUAUGCAUAAUAGAUUUACUAACAUGACAUUAAAAAUUAUAUCAUAAAUUUAAUCAUUUAAAAUAUAUUUUGUAUGAAAAAAUGUUAAAUUAAUGAUGUUUAUUUUGAUGUUGAAAAUACCUUAAUGCCAUUUCAAAGUUAUCUCAGCUACCAGACCCACAAUUAUUUUCAAUUACAAUUACCUGGCCUAUUUCCUGAGUUUAGACCUUGUCUGUUGCAUAGUCUUUUACAUGAUUACCCUUAUCUGGCCACACAUGUAUAACACAAUAGGUUAUAAUUGUGUGAUUCACAGAUAAUGUUUGUGCUGGAUUACCCAGCAGCACUGAUUAUCUUCAAACUAGCAACCAGUGUAUGUGAGUACCUAGAUCCUCCGUAUACAGCGCAGCAACUUGUGUCAAUAAAAUGUAAAUAUGUACAUAUAAGUAUAUUCUGAGCAGUUUUCUAUAUGUGUAUCUGUAAUAAUGAGGUAUAUUAUCAAUAAAUACAUCAAAUCAAAA